AUGGACCCAUGCUCCGACCUCGCCCACGAAACCCUGCCACCCCAUCCGCCCAUCCCCCCCAGGCCCAUUUGCAUCUUUGUCCACCCACCCAGGCCCCAUUUGAAACCGAAUCAUCAACCGAAUCAUCAACCGCUGUUCCGAACCCUUCCCAUCACUUGUACGGCUGUUACUAAUCCGCUAGCUAUGACGCCAUUGAAGCACCUCAACAACCUGGACUUGGAUGAUAUGCUCCCCGAGCUGCCCUUCUCAAAGGGGGUUGAUAACCGCAAGCCAACCCCCCACGCAGCUGCAGAUUGGCAGGCCAAGGUCACACCGCCGGGAGGAACCCCUCCCGGCGAGCGGUGUACAGUCCAGCGGAAGGGUUUCCUUCCGCUGGACGAGUUUUCACAUUCCUUGUUGUUUUCUACGGUUCCUGAAUGGCAAUCCUAUUACGUCUCUUACGAUUCAUUGAAAGCAACGAUCUAUAAAAUCGAAAAGGAUCAAGCGCAUGACCAGUACAAAAGUAUACAUGCAGGCACAGCCACUUGCAUGAGUGGCUGA